UCUGGAAUGAUUUCUCCCUCGCGAGUACAAAAAUAAAGUUCACAUUCAUUGUAAAAGAACUUGUGUCCUUGAGUUCAGUGCUACAAUACAUUCGUGCGUUGGUAUUGGUUAGUGCACUUUCUCUUGAAUUAAUCAACUGUCAAAAACUUCAAGUGUCAAGUCAUGUGUAAGUAGUUUAACAAAAAAUGUGUAUCAUGUCUAGGAAAACCCCAAUCUGUGACGCAAAUAAAUACAACACUACUUGGAUAUAACCGAAUGAAAAGAAUCCUGCCACCUCAAGUAGAGGGUAAUAGAAGUAAAAUGUCUUCCGCCUUUUUGCACUCGCUGUCUAACGUACCGGAUAAGUUAGUAUCCUUGAGUUUGUCGAUUUCACCGAACGACGAUCCAAAACUUGAAAGCGUCCGCCUGCUGGACGACCAAGAACAACUCUUAAUCAAGUCGGAAGAAGACUUUACAAAACUUCUAAAAAUAGACCCUAGUCACAAAAUUAAAGUUGUAUCCAUAUUUGGAAACACAGGAGAAGGUAAAUCCCACACUUUGAACCACACAUUUUUCGAAGGAAAAGAAAUAUUUAAAACGUCACAAUACCAAUAUUCCUGUACCAUUGGAGUGUGGGCAAAGUAUGACGCAACUCUCAAGACGAUAUGUAUAGACACUGAAGGCUUCUUAGGUAUAACAAAAAAAGAGCAUCAACGAACCCGGCUCUUAUUAAAGAUUCUUGCCAUUUCUGAUGUCAUCAUUUAUCGCACAAGGUCAGAGCGUUUACCACGUGACAUGUACACAUUUUUGGGGGGCGCUUCCAGAUCGUACAAAGAGCAUUUCAGCCCCGCUUUGCAGAAUUUUUUACAGAAAUAUGAAAUCGACAAGAACUUUCUGUCGUGGGGGCCGAGCGUUAUCGUUUUUCACGAAACUAGAUACACUUGUACUCUGAACAGUAUUGCUGACGUUAAAACGUCACCAGAAGAUCUUUUAAGAGAAAAUUUUUCUAAACUUGAUGAGAGUUUUGAUGGAUUCAGCUCUCUAAAGUAUAUUGGAGUGGCAAAUGGUGGCGGUAAAGAAUCGUUUGCGCAGUUGCGUGUUGCGGUGGAAAAAGAGUUGGAGUCUACCCAAGUGAGAUCACCAAGAAGCCCAAAGUAUGUGUACCACACACUCAAGGAGAUUAAUGAAAAAUUCCAAAGUCAAAUAAGCGAGGCCAAUCCACAGUUGUACCUUUCUGCUUUCUUCACGUGUCAAGACAAAUGCCUAUCGUGUGGAGCAGGUUGUAAUUUAUCCAUGGGUCACAAAGACGAUGACGAGCCUCAUUCCAGUACAAGUAAAUGUAAACUUCAACAUCAGUACCAAAACUUCGUUUACGUUUGCAAAAAAUGUUGUGAAAAUGGGACAAGGCAGAUAGUAGAACCGAGUUAUCAGGCGAAAAAUGAGCAAUUUUGGAGUAGUAUUAUCUCGACAGUGUGGUCAGGUUACAUUAUAGAAUGUCCCACAUGUGGAAAAAUCUACCAAAGUCGGGAGUAUUGGUACGGAAAUAAAGACCCGAAAGACGAAGCCGUUUUGGUUGAGAUUGUACACGUGUGGCCAGGGGAUAAACGCCAUUUUCAGCACAAGUCGCUCCUAGGGUCACAAAACUCGGCCCAAAAAGUGCUUGAUGGUGUCACUAGCAUUAGUAACGUUGUAGCCAGUGUUGGAUCGCAACCCACAAAGAUGAUCAGCGAUUGGGUGACAGAUCAAAUUGCGCCUAGCUAUUGGAUACCAAACAACGAAAUCCAAGUGUGCGCUAAAUGUAAAACCGGUUUCGAAUCCAACGCUACCAAACAUCAUUGUAGAGCUUGCGGACAAGGAUUUUGCGAAGCUUGUUCAUCAAAAACACAAGCAGUGCCUGCGAGAGGGUGGUAUGAAGACGUGAGAGUGUGUGAUGGUUGUUACAGAGAAGAACCUCCCAGUAUGAACCACGUGGCUGACGGCACCGAACUCAGAAGCAGAAGAAUUGGCGAAAGCGUAAUUAAUUCAAUAUCAGUCGUUAAAUCAAUUCUCGAUAAACCUAAAGAACUUAUUAAAGAAACAGCAAGGCCUGCGUAUUGGACGCCCGAUAAUGAAUGCAAAAAUUGUACAGGAUGUGAUAAACCAUUUGGCGCACUUUUAGGACUACACCAUUGUCGAGAUUGUGGUAAAGGGGUUUGUGAUAAAUGUUCCACUACACGAAAACCUGUGCCACUUAGGGGGUGGGAAACACCCGUAAGAGUUUGUGAUAAAUGUUCAAGUUAAAUGACUUGCUCAAGAAACAUUUGUUACAAGUCUGACAGAGACACACAUUCAGUAGCUUUCGAUAAAGCAUUUACAGUUAUAGGUUUGUACUUUUAAUAAACAUCGGUGUGAACGUCCUCGUGUGGUAUUUUUUAUUUUAUAGGGUUAUGGAGAUUAUUAUAUAAAUACUUAGAAUUAUGCUUUCAUGUUUUUUUAGUUUUUUAGUUUUGUUUUUAAAUUUUCGUUGUGCAAUGAACAUGGACGGAAAGAAAUAGACAAAGUUUACUUUGAAGUGAAUGACGUUUAUUACCAUGUUUACUUCAUUUAUCACUGGCUUGGUUUCAAUUUUUCGAUUUCAGUACUGUAUCCUAUAGAAUAAUUAACAAGUAAUGUGUGCUUCGUUUUAACAAAAAAUUCUGUUGAACUGUGUAUAGCAUAGUAUGUUUUGCAAGUUCUCAAGCAAUUGUACAGACUUGAAUCUUGCACUGAAAUGUACAUACAUCAUACUUUUUUAUUAAGUACUGGUUUUUUUUGAGUUAGCUUAGUAUUUUUAAAAUGUACAUUCCAAAUUUUCUUAUUAAGCACUGGGCAAAGGCGAAUAAUUCUGGUAUUAGUGCAUUUAUAAAUUUUAUGUAUUUUUCUUUGUAGGUGCUUAACCACAUCUGGUUAAGACUAAAUCUUCGUUUCAGUGAUAUUGGUUUUGAUUGAAUUGUGAUACAUGUAAAUAUGAUUUGGUUGUAUGUACAUAAUAAAACUGUUCACUAUUGAA